AUGAGUGAAGAGAGGGUUGUACGCAGUGCAAGUGCGUUGGAAGAAGAUACAGAUGGCACUGGAGAAGAGCAGUCCGCUGGGUGUUUCCAGGCUCCAGGCUUGUGUUGUUGUAUUCCUACAAGGCGGAUGUCUCUGCCAGGGAGGCGACCCAAGGAGAGAAAGGAAAAAAAUGGUAAAAAGAAUACUAAUGUUCCAUCCCUUGAUGAUAUAAUGUUUCAAGAACGACAGCAGAACAGAGAUCGAGACAAUUGGAGCAUGACAUCUGUAGGUGACCUGGGUAGUCUACAAAUGGAGAACAUCAAGCCAGCUCUAACCCAGCUCCAUGACAAGAAUUCUCAAGAGCCCCAUAUACCUGUGCUUUUAGGUGACAUCUUUUUGGAAGAAAAACAAGGAUAUGAUGACAGAACAAAUGCAAAUGUACAGACCAAAGAUUGUGAACAAAAAGAGGUAUUAGAAGACUUGAAAAUAUCACCUCUGGAAACAGAAAAUGCCAAUUCAGUGGAUGGGCUAUCAGAGGUGAAAGACUAUCCAAUUAUGUCAGCCAAAGAAAACAGGCACUCUGAAAAACCUGAUCUGAAUGCAUUGUUUGAGGAAGUACCCUACAAAAAACACAACGAAGGGGGUGACCAUAUGAGUUUAAUAUUGCAACCCAUACCUUGUAAGAAGGAGAUGAACCAGGGCCACCAGGACAUGCUACCUGAGGAGCUGCAGCAAUCUAAAGAAUUAGAAUUUGACAGCACAUUGACUACGCAUGAAAAGAUACUACAAGAAGAGCAAAGCACCAGCACUGAUUCUGAAGGUAUCACUACUUUACAGGAAAUGCUCAAUCAAUCCUCUGUAUUAUACAGUGAGGAAGAAAAUCUUUUAGGGCGGCAAGAACUUGCCAUGGGUAUUACUUAUAGCAGGGAGAAACAAAUUAGGCAGCUGAAUUCUUUAUCUGAGGGAGAUGCAUACAAAGAAGACCAAAUCUGUCAAGGCAUACUCAAAAAUGAGGCACAGAAACCCACAGAACUAAAAUACCCAGAUAUUUUAUCCACCAUGUGUGAAAGCCAUGAAGAAGAAAAGGCAGGAGUACAGCAACAUCUGUACACUGUGACAGAAGCUUCCUUCAACGACUUAAAGCAGAAUUGUAUAAACUUGCUUGAUUGGAAAGACCCAUCUCCUGUUAUACCACAAGACAUUAAUUUUCCAUGUCAGAGUACAUCCUGUGAAAAAGAACAGAAAGACGUGCAAGCUACUAUCAAGGUAGAAGACCAUCAGUCUAUGCCCUACCACUUUUAUCAACAAACCACUGUACCAGAAAGCACCAUAUUGUCCCUGGAUGCAACCAAUACAACAAAUAUUCAAAUGUUAGAUAAUAUAAAUUCUUUGCCUGAGGAUGCUGUGGUCCACAUUACAGAGCAGAAACACCCAGAGACUCAGGAACAGAUUUUAUUGGAACAAAUUAACACAUACCAUCACAGUAAAGGAAAGGAACAGCAUGGAGGGCUGGAAUAUACACACUCUGGAUCUAAGGACACUGAAGAAGAGGACAACCAACAAUCUCUUGUUUCAGAAGACUUCAGCAAACCACUUGGGAGUAUUAGCUUUGAGAAAGAACAAAGAAAACUAGACUGUGGAGAUUCUGGGCCUGAGGGCAUUUAUGACAAGGAGGAGCAAGAUUGCCAGGAUCAUCUUUGUACUGAAGUACAACAGCCUCUAAUCAUUUCAAAACUCACCUCUUUGCCUUUGAAUAGCUCUGAGGAACCAUGUGAAAAGAAGAACAGUACAAUAGUUGGCAACCUGGACAUUCAUUCUCUGGAUGGAAACCCAGAAGAACAGGAUGGACGGUGCAUAAGUGCAAGUGCCUCCUCAAAAGAGAAAGAAGCAACGCUAGAACCAGAAGAGAAAUGGCUCACGAUGCCUUUGCUGUCAGAAGUUGAAAAAGAAGAACCACCACCAGAGUCGAGACAUAUCGUAAAGGGAGCGUCUGUACCGCAUGAGGUGCAGCAGCAGAAGGAAGAACUGAAUAUAGACAUAAGCUGUGAGACACAACAAAGGAAAGAAAACAAUCUGUCCAACACCACUUUCUCAGGUGAUGCUGUACAGGAUGAGGGACUUAUGUAA